AGUAGGGAAGAUAGCGCUCUCCCAUGCGAACGCCUGGUUUGAGGAGGGAGGUAGUUUCUAAAUUGCCCCCAUCGUUAUCACGGAAAACACAAGAGACAGAGGGAAAGGUUACCUACGGCAACUCUUAGAGAUGCCCUUCAAGCGGAAGGAGCUGUCACUUAUGUCAGUUGAUAAGCUUAUGCACUUGUACAACUGCACAGGAUCGUUCAAAGAAAAGGAAAAGAGGAGGUUGAUCAAGGAUUUCCUGGGAAAGGCAGUCGGAAGGAAAGCCUGUGUAAAUAUCCGAAAGCGGAUCACUGUAUGGGUUAGGUACACUAAGGUGGUGAAGAAGAGCGGCAUUAGGAGCACCCUGAUCACAAAUAUUGAGAGUUGUGCUCUGCAUCCUGCAAUCGUCGGGAUCCUCAAAAGGAAGUCGAGAGUAGUCUGGAAGAGGAACAGGAACGUUGCUGAAAUCCUAUGCAACUACAAGCAGCUUAGCAAGAAGCCGGAACUGUCAUGUACGUGCAAGCACUACAACCUACCUGGCGUCAAGGGACACGUUCUCAUGAAGAUAGCCGAUAUCCCAAGACUACCAGCCUUGGUACUGAACGGGAAGAACGUGGUCCGUCCCAAGCUCGAGACGACGGAGGAAGAAGUAAGUAGCAGCUUACGGAUAGCGCUUACGUCUGUGUUGGGGAACCAACUAGGUAAGCAACUUUCUAAUCUCCAGAUAGAUAGGUGUAUCUCACUGAAGCAGAAUGGAGAUUGCAGCGCCGGCGAGGGGCUUGUCUACGGGGUUAAAAGCAGUUCAAGGAUUUGCUAAUCACGCAGGUCAACAGGAAUGCAGGCAACCUAGUGCGGAUGUGUCCAUCGACAUAUCAGAUGGAUUGGAUAAAAUGUUUACAUGGAG